AUGGCUACCCCUAGUGUCCUCGCUUUUGACGCUGAGGGUCGAGCCAUUGACUUUGAGGUCUGGGUCGACAACCUGCAGCUGUUCCUACAGUGCGAUACGGCGGACGGCCUUUCUCUCUUUGACCUCAAAUCUGGCGCCUCUCCUGCCCCUGCUGCUGAUGGUGACCCCACUGUUCGCUCCCAGUGGGCCACGCGCGAUGCUGCUGCACGUCUUGCUGUGCGUCGCCACCUGCCUACCACUGAGCGCGCGCACUUUAGUCAGUACAAGAGUGCUCAGACCUUGUACGACGCUGUAGUUGCGCGCUACUCUUACCCUGCCACUGCUGCACUGAGCCGCCUCAUGCUACCGUACCUCUUCCUUGACCUUGCUGCCUUUCCCACAGUCGCUGACCUCAUUACGCACCUCCGCACUAGUGACACUCGCUACCGCACCGCGCUUCCUGCUGAGUUCUGCGCCAAGACCCCCCCCCCCCCCAUGUACAUCACUCUCUAUUACAUCCUCACCCACCUCCCUGACUCCCUUCGCGUGGUCAGGGACCACUUCCUCUCAGUCUGUCCCACCACUCUCACUGUUGACCUCCUAGAGAAGGCCCUCCUAGCAGCGGAGAAGAGCAUAGUCGCUGUAGGAGCCUCUCGUGGUGACCCUCGCACCCCCAUCUUUGAGGGUCGGUCGGUGCGGCGUCUGCCCCUAGCGGGAGACAGUGCUCUGGCAAGGGCAAGGGGGCCAAGGGCGCGGGUGGAGCUAGCGGGGGUGGUGGAGGUGGCGGUGGAGGCGGCGGAGGGAGUGGGGAUGGCGGUGGGAGUGGUGGCGGGGGUGGUGGUGGUGGUGGCGGCAGCGGAGGCGGAGGCGGCGGCGGCGGUAGCGGUGGGAGCGGAGGCGGCGGUGGUGGCGGAGGUGGAGACGGCGGUGGCGGAGGAGGUGGAGGUGGUCGGGGUGGUGCCUCGCAGUGGAGCCGCUCUAGUGGUGCGUCAGCGUGGUGGGGGUUAUGGUCCGUGCACCUACGUCCUUCGCUCCGGCGACCGCGCGGGUGAGCAGUGUGCGGGUGCCCACCCCACCCAGCGCUGCUUUGGCCGCCUAACGGACGCUUGGCGUCACCAGUUCCCGGAGGCUGCUGAGAUCCCCCGCUGGGGCGAGCUGUCUAGGGCGGGAGUAGCUGUUUUUGACCUUGACUUUGAUGCUAUUCUUGCUGCCAUGUAUGAUGUGACUAUUAGUUAUGAGGGUGACUGUUACCGGUGUUUCCCGCCCGACCCGGGCAUUGGUACUGCUGCGCUAGGUGCUCGUGAGGCUGCUGCUCUAGGUGCCAGCGCGUCUGCGCCCUCAGGUACUGGUGAGGCUGCGCUCUCAGGUACCGCGUCGGCUUCGGCCUCCCUCACCUUCACACUUGACUCGGGGGCUUCUCGCUCCUUCUUUCGAGACCGCACCACACUCACGCCGCUUGGUCGGCCGGUUGCAGUCUCCCUGGCUGACCCCUCUGGGGGUCCUGUCCUCCCUUGUCCGGCUGCCCCCUCGGGCACCUUGUCUGGUCUUUACCUCCCCUCGUUCUCGACGAACUUGGUGAGUGGUGCUGACCUGCAGGAUGCGGGGGUUCACCAGUUUACUCCUGCGAGUCAGCGGGUGACCCACUGCUCGGACGCCCGCACAGGCCGACACCUGGCCACGUUUUCACGUCGGCCGGGGUCGAGUCUCUACACCCUGACCACUGAGUCUCCUCCUGUCCCUGCGUCUAGCCAGGUAGUUGCGUCGGGUCAGGUGUUUGCUGCUGCGUCUAGGUCUGGUCCUGAGUCUGCCCCCUGCUCGUGUCGCCUCCUGUCUCACGAGACUCUCCUGUGGCACCACCGUCUGGGCCACCCCUCCCUGCCUCGUCUUCGGGGCAUGGCCUCCCGUGUCCUUGUCUCUGGUCUUCCCCAGUCCCUCCCUCCCCUUCCUUCGGGGCCUGGUCCUUCCUGUGUCCCCUGUGUCGAGGGGCGGCUCCGGGCUGCCCCUCACUCCUCUCAGUUUCCCCUGACAGAGGCUCCGCUGCAGACGCUUCACAUGGACGUGUGGGGCCCGGCCCGCGUCCGUGGACAGGGUCACGAGCGCUACUUCCUGCUGGUGGUUGACGACUACUCGCGUUACACCACGGUCUUCCCCUUGCGCAGCAAGGGUGAUGUCACUGAGGUGUUGAUUGACUGGAUCCGAGCAACUCGUCUCCAGCUCAGGAGGAGCUUCGGCUCGGACUUUCCUGUUCUGCGUCUGCACUCUGACCGAGGCGGAGAGUUCUCCUCUGGCCUUCUGCGAGCCUACUAUCGUGCGCGAGGCAUCCGCCAGACCUUUACGCUUCCGGACUCUCCACAGCAAAAUGGGAUUGCUGAGCGCCGCAUUGGCAUGGUCAUGGACAUCGCUCGUACGUCCAUGAUGCAUGCGGCUGCCCCCCAUUUUCUGUGGCCGUUUGCGGUUCGGUACGCGGCGCAUCAGAUCAACCUUCACCCCAGGGUCUCCCGGCUGGAGACCUCCCCAGCUCUGCGGUGGACGGGGAAGGUCGGCGAUGCGUCUGCGUUACGUGUCUGGGGAUCUCGGGCGUUUGUCCGCGACUUGUCUGCCGACAAGCUGUCCCCUCGUGCUGCUCCUUGUGUCUUCCUUGGCUUCCCCUCUGACGCGCCAGGGUGGCAGUUCUACCACCCCUCCUCUCGACGUGUUCUGUCCUCCCAGGACAUCACCACGGACGUCCUUGAGGACAGGCAGGAGGAGUUCUAG